UAUGCGGCUCAUCAUCGUCCUGAAGGCAUGCAAGAGGUGAACUGACAGCCUGUGGUCGGUGCCAAGGAGUAGCUGGCAACCCGGGUCGACGGGAGUAUAAAACCAAGCGUAGCAGCGCUGGCUUAUUACACGACACACCAUGAGAAGAGAAGUUAUACUUUUGGUGGCUGGACUGGCAGCAGUGGCUGCCCUCCCUGUGCAGGAGUCGGCAGCCCAAACUCAACAAGAUGAUUUACUCCAGAUUCUACUCGGAGUUGAUCCUGAAGAUAAUGACCUCUUUGCGGAAAACUUUGACAAAGUCCCUGAGUCCCGUGGUGGGCAGGCACUGCAUGAAGAAGUGGUAGAGGAGCAACCUCAGCAACAAACAGAGCUACAAGACCCUGUACAGGAUCAGACACCUCCAGAAGACCCUCCUAUGGAGCAGAAACUGGCACCAGAACAAGAUAUUCUUGAUGAGCAGAAACAAACACAGCCACAAGACUCUCCAGAGGAGCUGAAGCAGGCAGAGCCACAAAACCCUCCACAGGAGCAGACACAGCUGCAGCCACAGGUUCAUGAGGAGGAACCAGGACAGGAUUCACCCCUUCCUGAUGGAACAGAAGAUGAAUCACCUGGUGAAGAAUCAAUGCUUGAUACAACAGAUGUCCAACCUGAGCCUCAACCCAUACAGGUAGACACAGAAGAGGACCUUCCUAUUGGGCCUGGGGACCUAGAUGGAGAGGAGGCAACAUACUUUGGUCAUGAGAUGGAAGGGCUUCCCAUUGAGCCCGAUGAUGAUUAUGUGGUACUGCACGUGGAGGAAGAAACACCCUCUCAGGAUAUGGAAGGUACAUUCACAUAUGGACUAUUGAAUGAAAAUGCUCCAUUUGACCAAUCAGUCCCCUCUGGACCUGAGUCCCAAAUGCAGCCAUUAUCAGUGCAGCUACAGCCACUGAUAGAUUCACUUUCACACGAUUCUGAAGUACCACUUAGUCCAGAGGAGCAGCUCCCCUAUGACCCACAAACAGAAUUAGAUUAUGAACAACUGCCACAUGGAAUGGAGGAUGGACCUAAUCCUGAAUAUGAUUCUGAAUUCCCAGCAGAGACAUAUCAGCCCAAUAAUGAGGAAGAUACGCAGUUGGAACCAGAAAGUGUUCCAGCUGAUGAUUCUUACUAUUCAGAUCAUGCUGAUGUGCCAUCAGACCUCCUCAGCUGGCUUGUUCCUGACUUUUUUGAUGAGGAGCCAACUGACUAUAAUGAGUCGCAUUAUGACUCAGGCUACUACGAUGAUGAACAAGCAAUUGAAGAUCAACCCCCAAACAAGCCUGAGGCAUUGUUUGAGCCACAAGAGUCAGAUGGUGGUAAAUGGGAAGAACCUCCUACUUCUGAAGUUGAUGAUGCCACCCAUUUUGUGGAUGACUCUUUCUUAGGAAAUGAGGGGGAUGUGGUGAUGGUAGAAGCAGUACCACGAGAUACAGUGGACUCCAGGGGGAGAGACGACACAGAUGAUGUGUCUCUUGUGGACUUUUUCAUUCCAUAUGAUGAUUCAAUAUACAGCAGAGACCCACAAGAGUAUUCCUCUGACACCAACCCUGAAGAAGAUGAGCAAUAUGUCUCUCCUGACAAAGAAAUCUUCCCUGUGGAUGAUGGUCUUACUCUAGUGGACUCCUUUGUGAACACUGAUCUGGUUGAAUUGGAACAAGAUCAGCCAUCACUUGGUGAAGUCUUAUCAGAAAAUAACCCAUUUGAAGAUGGCAGAUAUAGUGACCAAUGGUUCACUGAGGAUGACAUGGCAGGAAGGAGAGAGAUGCCCGAAGGAGAUGAAGCAGUUACUAUCUUAGAGACCCAGCCAAUACACAUUGUUGAUGUGGAAAGUGAUGUGUCAUAUCCUUCCCUUCUAGAUAUCCUGGAGAAAGAUACUACAGCAGUAGAGCCAGCUGAGCCCAGGAGAAAUGAAAAAUCCUUAAUGAUUGGUUUUACACCUGAAGCAGACACUAUGGUUGAUGAUUCUUUACCUAUGGAACGAGAUUAUCUCACAGAGGAUCCUGAUGAUGAUAACAUGGAAAUCAUAAUGAUAAAUGAUCCAAGGGAAAACUUUGACAAUUUCCCUGCUACACCCCUGGAAGAUGGCUCCUACAAUACUCAGAAGCAGCCAACACCAAUGGUCUGGUAUCCAGAGGAUCAUCACCAACCACCUUACUGGCCAACAUUUAGGAGUUCAGAUCGACCUAUUACAAAGGUCUAUUAUUCUGUUGUUGAUGAAGUCCCAAGGAAGAAGUUUCCAGGAUUCUUUGGGAGUAUGAAUGAUCUGAAAUUUUCAUCUCCCCUCUCCAAUCGCCCUCAUCAAAGAGCUGUCACAGGGGACCCGUUCUCUUUCAUGAAUGAAAUCCCUGAUGAUGAAAUGCCCCCUCAAUUCCUAGCUUCACUCAGCACAUCAGGCCAACAGAGAUUUAGGGGUCUUGAUUCUCUCUUUCCAGCAAGAAAUUAUCCGACUAUGUUCACAACACCCAGGCUUUCUUUCAGAGAUCUAAUACAAGGUCUGAACCCUGAUUAUUACAACACAAUGCAUGUAAAUAACAUUCAAAGGCAAAGUCCACAGUAUUAUCCACAACCUAUUAACCCCUUUAUACAAUACAAUGGCCAUCCACAGGAAUAUUCACACACAUCACCACCACUGCCUUAUUCUUCACCUUUUGAUUCAUUCCAAGAUGAUGACUACAUGGUAGAGGAGAAUUACUACCCAAACAGACUGGAGCGUCUCUCGUCCUACAACCCCAAUAAUAUGCCAUCUGGUAUUUUCCGAGAGGACACCAUGCCAGAAAUGUACCCUCGUGGACCACAGAGGUACUAUGAGGAUUACACAACGGAUCUUCCUUUCAUGUCCAGCUAUUCUUACGGCCGCUCUCGUUCUCUUUUCAAUGAUUAUGAAAGACCCCAAUAUGAAGGCAACUCUCCAUCUUACAACAGACCCCACUACCCUCAGAACAGUCACUACAGCACAGGGCCCUACCACCCUACCCCCAUAUACUCAAGAUAUGCUCCCAAGUAUUACGGAAUGUAGUUCCCCUAACCCUUCCAACCCUGAUAUUAAAACAGAAGAAUCAAAUCAAUAUCUGGAAGAAAAGUAGAGUAUUAGAUGGUUAUAAUAAUGUCAAUGUUAUUUGUAAGAAAAAGCUGUAGAUGCUAGUUUAGAUAAUGAAACAAUCUGUACAAGGAAAAGAAAAUGUAAUGUAUUAUGUUUACAGUAUUAUAUCCCAAUAACAGGCCAAUGAGAUGAAUGUUUCCACCUUCUAAACCAUCCCCAAAAUAAAUAAAGGUGAUGAAAAAUAUUAUACCCUCAACUUAGAAAUACUGUUUGAAUUGUUACCUGCUUUGUCUUGGUAAUUAUGAUUCAGAUGUGGGCAAUGUGCACCUGCUGGGUCAUCUGUGUGUAAUCAUGAAACUGUCAAUGAAAAAGGAAAACUCCUUUUGGUGAUUUUUUUUUUUUUUUUAAAUAGGUGGUAACAAUUCUGCUACCUUGAUUAUGUGGCAUUCUUCACACCCAUCAUGGUUAUUAUUCUCUAUUUUAAGUGGUGUGUAUCUAAUCAUAUGAAUAAAAAAAGUGAAAAUUCAA